AUGUCAGAACGACCUACAUAUAUUCUCGCUCCAAACUGGGACAUUCCGCCCAAUGAACAUGUCAGGCUUGGCAACAUCAUCACGCAUCCGCGUUUGCCCCUUGAGUCGUUGAACUCAGAGUCUCGCGAAACUCCUGAAAAGAUCACUCCCUCAAAGAAACCCAACUGGAGUCUGACGUACAGCGAUUUGCGCUCACUGGACGCUGGUAUCAUGACAUCAUUCCUUGCUUCUCUACUUGGUCUUGGCGGUGACAUUGCUGGCAAGACUUCCAGUACUAAGGGAUCAGUUCUGACGUGCCAGGAGCUGGAGACAUCCUAUUUUAUUCCAAACGACACCUACAUUGCUCGAAGUUUGGCCAAAACAACAGUCAAGACUUACAUGAAGAAAAACCCUCUGAAGUCUGUUUACAUGGUCACUGGCUUGAAGAUUGCACAUGGAGGCAGUAUCCAGAGAGAUAAAAACAACAGCAUUGGUGCUGACGCUGCUGUAACAGUGGACGCAACGCCAUUGCUAGGAGCUCCAGUCGAGAACACGCCUCACAUCAGUUUUGAGAGAUCCCAUAAUCAGGUACUUUCUUUCGGAGUCUGUGACGAGCCAUUCAUUGUUGGUUAUCAACUACUCAAGAUAAAAACAAAGCUCAGCGGCAGAACCAAGACAGAAACGUUUGAUAAGUUUGCGUUACUCAGUGACGAUCAAGAUCGUGCUUCAGUGGAUCAAGUGGCCUUGGAGUUGCUCAACGAAAACUUUUCAAUUCAGCCAAUUCAAGAACCAAGCGAUAUUGAUGAGGACGAGGAGGUUGAUGAGGAGAGUUCUGGUGUGUGGUGCGCUACUGGACUGUUGGAUGAUAGUACAGGCGGCGAUGGUGGCAGCCAUAUGGAAUAG